AUGGGCGGGACAACUGUGUGCCGGCCCUGGCGGCUUGAGCUGGGGUGCCAAGUUGUGCACGACGCCCAGGCUCGUCUCCAGGCGCUGCUGUCAGAGCUGCCGCGGAUGCACGCGGCGGCAAAAGCAAAGGCGUCCCGCCUUCGGCACCUCCCCGCUUUUGCGUCCGCAGCUGAAGAAUCAUACGCACAAAGCGCGAAUCGGCGGCGGGAUCGGGUUGUUUGGAAAACCCGCCACUGGGGCGUGCGGCCCGCUUUUUACCUCGUGGAGGCUGAAACGACAGGAAUGGGCAGGCGGGGGACGCCUGGGGCCGUGCCUGCCCCUGGCGGACGUCUCUUGGUGUCUCGCCGCAGUCCGUGCCUGGACGCAAUUUUUAUUUCUCGUGAAGCCUUCGUCCGUCCCAGUGGCGCUCCCGCCCGGGACGUGCGUGUGUGUGUGUUUCCGCGAUGGGAGACUGGGAGAGAGAGAGUGAGAGAGCUGUGGGCCUGUGGCGACCACGACACCUUCCUCCUCCGUGGGGCAAAUAAAUACGGCCCUGAAAUGCCUCCCUCCCCUCCCUCCCUCACUGCACUGCACUGCCCGUGCCUUGUGGCAUCGGACGCAGCGGCCGGGAAAAAAAGGCUAAACGUGCCGCCUAUUCGAAUGUUGCUUCACGUACUGACAUGCCGCAGCAAGGAAGGAUGCAGUGAAGAGGAUCGUGAGGGACGGUAUUGCGGGCACUUUUCGCAUCUCCGCCUUUUCUCACUACGCAAGAGGAACAGAGGAAGACCACACUAA